CGGAAGCUGCCGCCUCCGAAUCUUUUCCGCCACAGCGCAUCCAAUGGGAGUGGGAGUGAGACUCCCCUGCUCACCGGCGCCGGCCUUCUUCCUCCUCAGCCUCCUCGUCGCCGUCUUCCGGCCGACCUCCGCCGUCGAAUUCCUCUUCAACGGCUUCAAACCUUCGAAUCUAUCCCUCUCCGACGAUGCCGUCAUAGAGUCCACCGGCGUCCUGAAGCUCACUAAUGACUCGGUCUUCACCAUGGGGCACGCGUUCUUUCCCUUCCCCAUCCAAACCACCGCCGGCAACGCCACCAAGUCGAUCCUCCCUUUCUCCACAUCCUUCGUCUUCGCCAUCUCCACCCUCCCCAACUUCAAUCCUGGCCACGGGCUCGCCUUGUUCUUCUCCCCCACCCUCGACAUCCGCUCGGCCAGCGCCUCCCAGAACCUCGGCCUCUUCAACUGGUCCUCCGACGGCCGGCCGGACAACCACAUCUUCGCCGUCGAGUUCGAUGUCUUCCAGAACGCCGAGUUCAAGGACCCCAACGACAACCACGUCGGCAUCGACGUCAACUCCCUCACCUCCCUCAACGCCACGGCGGCCGGAUACUGGCCGGAUAACUCCACCGAUUUCGUGCCGCUCACCCUCAACAGCGGCGCGAACUACCAAGCCUGGAUCGACUUUUCGGGCGGCGAAGACGGGCGGAUCAAUGUCAGCAUGGCUCCGGCCGGAACGAGGAAGCCACGCCGGCCCCUGAUCUCGGCUCCUCUGAAUCUCUCCGCCGUCUUCGAAGACAAAAUGUUUGUGGGCUUCUCCUCGGCCUGCGGCAGGCUGGUGGAAAGCCACCGGAUUCUGGCGUGGGGAUUCAGCAAUUCAGAUUUUUCCAUCGGAGACCGGAUUGUGACGAAGGGGUUGCCGUCAUUCGUGCCCGUUUCCCGGAAAAGAUCAUCGGCUAAAUUGAUUGGUGGCAUCUCAGCAGCCAUCACGGUAGCAUUCAUCACGGCCACUGCAAUCAUUGGGCUCACAAUCAGGCGAAGAUACCUCAAGAGACGAUCAAGGCAAGACAUGGAAGAAUGGGAGCAGGAGUUUUGGCCCCAUAGGGUCCCCUACGAGGAUCUGAAGAGCGCCACCAAGGGAUUCAAAGAAGAGAAUCUGUUGAAAGAUGGAGCAAAUGGGAGAAUUUACAGAGGAGUUCUUCCAAAUGUAGGGGCUGAAAUUGUGGUGAAGUGCAUCAAUCAUGAGUGUGAUGAGGGAAUGAAGGGAUUCCUAUCAGAGAUUUGCAGUGUUGGUAGAUUGAAGCACAGGAAUCUGGUUGGCUUGAGGGGUUGGUGCAAGAGGGACAGGGUGUUCAUGUUGGUGUAUGAUUUCAUGAAGAAUGGGAGCUUGGACGAUUGGAUCUUUGGAGGGGAUGACUCUAAGAACUUGGAUUGGAGGAGCAGGGUUAAGAUCUUGAGGGAUGUUGGCAAUGGGGUGUUGUACCUUCACGAGGGUUGGGAGGUCAAGGUGUUGCAUAGGGACAUAAAGGCUAGCAAUGUGAUGUUGGACCAAGACAUGACUGGUAGGCUAGGGGACUUUGGCCUGGCUAGGCUCUAUGAGCAUGGUCAAAUGGCUCACACCACCCGCGUCGUCGGCACCAUCGGGUACAUGGCGCCGGAAGUGGUCAAGGCCGGCAAGGCGUCGGUCAAGACCGACGUGUUUGGGUUCGGGAUGCUGAUCUUAGAGGUCGUGUGUGGGAGGCGGCCCAUCGAAGAAGGGAAGCCGGAGUUGGUCAAGUGGCUCUUGGGACUAUUAGAGAAGGGCGAGAUCUUGAAUGCAUUGGACCCUAGGCUUAGGGACGAACCCGGGUAUGUUGACCUGCACGAGGCAGACAAGUUCCUAAGGCUUGGUUUGGUAUGCACAAGCGAGAACCCUCAAGCCCGGCCGUCAAUGAGGCAAGUCGUGAAGGUGCUCGAAGCAGAGGAGGGCGACCAAGAGGUCGAAGGCUCGAGCGAGGAGCUGAGCUCACUUGUUGGUCUUAGGUCCAUCGUGAGUUGGUCCGAGUAUGGAAAGAACCCAGUUUUCAGGCACCCCACAUUGGAUCAAGUCCGUGGCUCGUCAUCCAUCUCAGUUGAACUGUCGGAGUCGGAUAUCAUGAUAGAGGGUAGGUGAGAAUCCGGCAUCAAUCCUGGUGUGAAUAUGAGAAGUACAUUACUUGUAUAUCUUUGUGUACUUAUUCUUUUUCCCACAAGAUUUAGUCAAUGCUAUUGAUUCAUCAAAAGUUGUCUAGAAUUUUUUUCUGCGUGUUUGCUGUCAUUGUUCAAACAUCACUUGUGAUGAGGCAUGUCCAGUUAUCCUAAUGAAGAUGUGAGUGUUUGGGCUGUCAAUUCUUUGAAUAAAGGACCAAAAGAGGAGGUCUAUGUAUAGGUUUUUGUACUUGUGUGGUCAUUGUGAAGGUGGAAAAAGGUUCAACAUCUGUUGACCACUUAAACUGCGACAUA